AUGGCGCACAAGCUGAUUGUCUUGACCGGGCUUCCGCCGCGAAGUGCUCUCAACUGGGAUGAAUCGGAGCUCCUCCAGCCGCCAUUGCCGCCGUUUUACCAACGCAGGCCGUCAGAGGAACGGGGUUCCCUGGUGCGAUGGAGAUCGCUGGCACCGGUGCAAGCUCCCGUUUUCAAGUCUACGACGGAAGGGGCAUCGUUCUUUGCAAUGGACACAAUUCAAAGAUACAGCGGUGAGCCAGUGAGCCUGGACGCAGAUGAAACUGCAUUGUCCGAAUUCUACGAUCAGUCGUUCGCUUUGCACGAAGGAAUCCACCGUUCCUUCACUAGCGCCACCAAGUCAUUUACGGAUGAUUCAGACCUUACUGGGAGUUUCGGUGAUGAAAGCCAUGAUGAUUCGACGUCGAAAUUGCCUUUAUCUCAGCAUGACGGAACAUCCCCCGACGUACAGCGUGUUCAGGGCCACUUGAGCGAUGUCGAAGAUAUUCCCAGCGCAACGUAUCUGCAGUCGGUAGCCCCACGGACCGUGCUCGUGAACCUGAUUGUUGCCAUCAUCAGCAUACCUCCUCGACGCCGUGUUCGAACGCGCUGGGGCCGUGAAAUGGAUGUCGUGGAAUUAUUGGUCGGGGACGAAACAAAAUCUGGGUUUCGCGUGAGUUGCUGGGUACCACCGUCGAAUGAGCAUGCUAUGGUCGUGCCCUCAAAGUCGCUUGAAGAGUCUUUGAAAGCCCUGCAGCUGCGCGACGUUAUUCUCCUGCGUUCCAUAGCUCUGGCCUCUUUUCGUGGGCAAGUAUACGGGCAGAGUUUACGCCAAAACAUGACCAAGAUUGAUGUUUUGGAUCGCGAGAUUAUCUCGUCGACGGGCAUCGAUGAGAGCACGGCUGGCGGUCUAGGAGAAGCGAAGAGAUCUCACCCCCAGGCCAUGAAGGUACGUAGGGUCAGACGGUGGAUUCGAAAUUUUGUCACUCCUGGAGCGGCUUCCAACGAGAAUGCGAACGGCUCUCUGUUGAUCCCGAGGCCAGCAGGAACCAUGCUGCUUCCACCAGAUAGUCAAUAA